UUUGGAGUCGCGAAGGGCGCGUGCGCGGGAGCUGGGGGCGCAUGCGCGGUGCGACCCGAAGCCCCAGGGCUCCUCUUUUGAAGUUUCUGAGGGGAGAGUUUGUGUGGCUUUGGCUCCGGGAUUUCGGCCGGAGGGAUGACUGAGGGGCUUGGGAAGGCGGAAUCAGGUGCCCAGCUGCUUGCACGACUGGAGGGCAGAAGUUCUCUGAAAAAUCUUGAACCUUAUCUGUUUGCUGAAGAAGGAUAUCCCAUUCAUGGUGAUAUUGUUGAAUUCCACGGUCCAGAAGGAACAGGAAAAACAGAGAUGCUAUAUCAUCUUAUAGCCCGCUGCAUUCUUCCCAAAACAGGUGGUGGCUUGGAAGUUGGCUUGCUUUUUAUUGAUACAGACUUCCAUUUUGACAUGCUGCGUUUAGUGACUAUUCUGGAACACAGAUUGUUCCAAGGCACAGAAGAGACAAUAAAGCAGUGCCUGGGACGUUUUUUCUUCGUUAACUGCAACAGCAGCCCUCAGCUUCUUCUGACCCUUUACUCCUUGGAUAACAUGUUUUGCUCUCACCCUUCUCUCUGCCUCCUUAUUAUUGACAGUAUGUCAGCUUUUUACUGGAUUGAUAGAGUCAACGGAGGGGAAAACCUUAGCUUGCAGGAGGCAAACCUAAAGAAAUGUGCUCAGGUCCUCGAGAGGCUUGUCAGAGAGCACCAUUUAGUUUUGUUUGCAACAACUCAGACGAUCAUGCAAAAAGCGCCAAUCACUACUGAAAGCUCAGGAAAGCACCGCAGUGAUACAGAUAUGGACUACCGACCUUACCUCUGUAAGUCGUGGCAACAAAUGAUAACCCAUCGAAUCAUUUUUUCCAAACACUGCCAUCCAGGCAACACCAAAGGAUUUUCAGUUAGUUCUUGUCAUGUACGGAAUAACACGGUAUUGAAAUGCUCAUUUAAUAUAACGGAAUGUGGAAUCCAGUUUUAACACUUCAGUGUUUUUAAAAGUGAAAUCCAUUGGCACUAUAGUUAAGUGAAUGUAUACUUCAUAUGACAUUUUUAAAAGAAAAAUAAAACACUUUUACAUUUUUCUA